ACACGUGUUCGGACUACAUCUCCCAUCACCCCCUGCGCGCGUCACAUCCGGGUCUCCUUGCCGGAAGUGGGGGGAGGCACUUCCGGCGUCCAUAGCGCGGCGUCACGAUGGAGGAGAUCGGGCUGCUGAGCGAGAAGGCGCAGGAGGAGCUCCCAGCCUUGGCUGCCCCGAGGCCCCCCCCGGGGCUGUCCUUCCUGGUGCCUGAGCCCGAGGACCUCGAGGACCUCUACAGCCGAUACAAGCGGCUGCAGCAGGAGCUGGAGUUCCUGGGGGUACAAGAGGAGUACAUCAAGGACGAGCAGAGGAACCUGAAGAAGGAGUUUCUCCAUGCACAGGAGGAGGUCAAGAGGAUCCAGAGCAUCCCACUGGUCAUCGGCCAGUUCCUGGAGGCUGUGGACCAGAGCACGGCCAUUGUGGGAUCCACCACCGGCUCCAACUACUACGUGCGCAUCCUGAGCACCAUAGACCGGGAGCUGCUGAAACCCAACGCGUCAGUGGCUCUGCACAAGCACAGCAAUGCUCUGGUGGAUGUGCUGCCCCCCGAGGCCGACAGCAGCAUCAUGAUGCUGACUGCAGACCAGAAGCCGGAUGUGAUGUAUGCUGACAUUGGGGGCAUGGACAUCCAGAAGCAGGAGGUGCGAGAGGCUGUGGAGCUGCCUCUGACCCACUUCGAGCUCUACAAGCAGAUCGGCAUUGACCCCCCCCGCGGUGUCCUCAUGUAUGGGCCCCCAGGCUGUGGCAAGACCAUGUUGGCCAAGGCUGUGGCUCAUCACACCACAGCCGCCUUCAUCCGCGUGGUGGGGUCAGAGUUCGUGCAGAAGUACCUGGGGGAGGGGCCGCGGAUGGUUCGGGAUGUUUUCCGCCUGGCCAAGGAACAUGCUCCUGCCAUUAUCUUCAUUGAUGAGAUCGACGCCAUCGCCACCAAGAGAUUCGAUGCGCAGACCGGCGCUGACCGGGAGGUCCAACGCAUCCUCCUGGAGCUCCUCAACCAGAUGGACGGAUUCGACCAGAACGUCAAUGUCAAGGUGAUCAUGGCCACCAACAGGGCUGACACUCUGGAUCCAGCUUUGCUCCGUCCCGGGCGCCUGGACAGGAAAAUCGAGUUCCCUUUACCCGACAGGCGCCAGAAGAGGCUGAUCUUCAGCACGGUGACCGCGCGCAUGAACCUGUCCGACGAGGUCGACCUCGAGGACUAUGUUGCUCGUCCCGAUAAGAUCUCUGGUGCUGACAUCAACUCCAUCUGCCAGGAGGGUGGGAUGCUGGCCGUGCGGGAGAACAGGUACAUUGUGCUGGCCAAGGACCUGGAGAAAGCCUAUAAGUGUGUGAUCCGCAGGGAUGAGCAGGAGCAUGAGUUCUACAAGUGACCCCAAUAAACACACCUGACCCACAAGUGUCUAUGGGG